AUGGCUCUCAAGCAACAUUUUUCUAUGAUAGAUUUGGGUGAUCUACAUUUUUUCCUUGGCAUUGAAGCACACAGGUCUUCUUCUGGUCUUCAUUUAUCUAAAACGCGUUAUACUCUUGAUAUUCUUCAGUGUGUUGAUUUGUUGACUGCGAAACCAUUUUCUACUCCUAUUACUGCGGGUGCAAAAUUGUCAGCUCAUGAUGUUACCUUAUUUCCAGAUGCUACUCUAUAUCGCAGUUUAGUAGGUGCAUUACAAUACUUAACAAUAACUAGGCCAGAUAUCACUUAUGCUAUCAAUCAGGUUUGUAAGUUUAUGCAUGCUCCUACUGACAUUCAUUUUCUUGGGGUGAAAAGGAUUCUUCGUUAUCUUAAAGGCACGCUAGGCAGGGGUUUAUUCUUUAAGCCAUCUUCCUCCCUUCAAGAAUCUGGCAGCUCUUCUCAUACAGUCUAUGCGUACAGUGAUACUGAUUGGGCCGGUAACCCCGAUGAUCAUCGUUCCAUAGCUGGAACUUGUGUUUUUGUUGGUCCUAAUUUAAUCUCUUGGUCUUUCAAGAAACAUCCUACGGUUUCUCGUUCUAGUACAGAGGCCGAUUACCGUGCCUUAGCUCUUGCUGCCGCUGAAGUUAUUUGGAUAUCGUAUCUCUUGAAUGGUUUUGGUUUAUACAUCAAGCAACCACCUAUUCCAUUCUGUGAUAAUAUCAGUGCUACAUACAUCGCUUAUAAUCUUGUCAUGCAUUCUCGUGCUAAGCAUAUUGAUAUUGACUAUCAUUUUGUUCGAGAACGUGUUGUACGUGGCUCUUUACUUGUUCGUUACAUGCCUACUCAACAUCCACUUGCAGACCUGUUUACUAAAAGACUUCUCAAGCCAAGGUUUCACUAUCUGUCGUCCAAGCUUUCACUUCCGGAUUCUCCACGUUCAUCUUGGGGUGGGGGGGGGGGGGGGGGGGGGGGGGUGUUCACGCAAGACACGGUUGGUGUGACAUAG